UGUUCAGAGGGAAGGUAUCUGUAACAGUGUAACCUUUUAUAUGACUACGAAGGGCUCCAAAAAUGUCGGCCGGUGGUACACUUAGUAACUAUUAUGUUGAUGCUAUCAUGGGGCAUGAAGCAGAGGACGCUUAUGGGGCAAGGUUCGCACAAGGAGCACACAGCACAACCUCAAGGCCAUCAGGUGUGGGAGACAGUCCUGAUUUUUCUUCUUGUAGCUUUGCACCCAGAUCUGCGGUGUUUUCCACGUCUUGGUCCCCGGUUCACACUCAGUCUAGUGCCGCAGUGUCGGGGAUCUAUCAUCCCUACAUGCACCAGUCACACCUUGCCGCAGCAGAAAGUAGAUAUGUACGUUCCUGGGUAGAUCCACUCUCCACUUCGGUUUCUUUUCCCGGCUUCCACCCGAACAGUCGGCAUUACGGGAUCAAGCCAGAAACUUUACCAUUGUCCAAGAGGACUGAGUGCUCUUCUUCUGAGGCACAGGCUCCAAGCAUCCCCGACUUCACGAGCGCCUCUUUUUCGGAAAGUAAGGACAAGCCAGCCAAAGCGAAAGAGCCUUUUAGCAGCGACAUUUCCAGCAACAGUGAGCUCAUGGAAGAAACCCACCAGCAACUUGACCCAAGCAACCCUGCUGCAAAUUGGAUCCACGCCCGCUCGACAAGGAAGAAACGCUGCCCGUAUACCAAAUACCAGACCCUCGAACUGGAAAAAGAAUUCCUUUUUAACAUGUACCUCACGAGAGAUCGGCGUUACGAGGUUGCUAGAAUUUUAAAUUUAACCGAAAGACAAGUAAAAAUCUGGUUCCAGAACAGAAGAAUGAAAAUGAAAAAGAUGAACCGAGAGAGGGGCAACAAGGAUCUUAACUGACGCAAGAAUAGACUUGCUAGAAAAUAAAUGUAAGAGGACUUACAACUUGGCUCUCCAUUCUGGAUGUAUAUGUGAUAUAUUAUAAAUGGGUUGUGUGUGUGUGUGUGUGUGUGUGUGUGUGUGUGUGUGUGUGUGUAUUAAUGCAGCUAUUGGGUUUUCUUUUAUAUAUUGUCCAAAGUAUUCUGGUUUACCCGAAAGUAAUAUGGUGUCUGCAUGCAUGCUUUGUUGCUAAAAGACAGUGUUAGAAUAGGAGGAUUUUUAAUUGUAUUUUAUUUUAAUGAAUAUCGCGUUUAUGCUUAAAAAUAGUCAUGGCAUGCUGAAUGGAAACACGCUUGAAAUUGUGUUAUAGAUUAAUAGUGCGGUUGCCGACGGGUUAUACCAACACAAAGCUGAAAUGAAUGCAUAUUAAAUCACUUAGGCUAUAGAUAGGAAUCGGCUGUGGGGUUCAUUUAUAUUCAAUACAUGUCAGGAAUUUGCAAGAUAUAUAUUGCCUUAGUUAACGAGAAUAAAAUGAAACGGUAUUAUUUACAGCAUGUUUUAAUCAAGACAGGUAUCCACAGUGGGUGAGGAAUAUUAAUGCAAUAUACAGUAAUAUGCUAGGAGAACUACAAUCACCUGAUCCGAGCCGGUAAUGGCAAUGUUUACAUGUUGUUUUGGGAAUGUAUUUUUCUUGAAAUCCUCACGGCUGUAUAAUCGAUUUUUAUUGUUUGUUUGUAAUUUUUUGUUUGUUUAUUUUCUAUUAAAUGUUGUAAAUGUAAGAUUUUCUUACAUGGACCGAGUUCUCAGAAUCAAAAGUUUUAAAUGAAAGCUGUGUAGAUUUCUUUAAACGAUGUGUGUAUAAAUGGAUAGUUUUUCUAAUAAUACAUUAGCAGCAAAACAAAUAUAUUUGUUCGACAAAUAUAUAAAUACAGUUGAUAUAUAAGAAAAGAGGUACCAAAUAAAGUGCUUUAUUCUGAAACCUA